GUAGCAUUUCCCGUUCAAUUCUGGGAUCAAUUUUAGCUUAUGAGUCAUAAGGAAAACUCCUCUCUCUCUACAUCAGUCAGGGUCACUAGCUAAACACCUCCCCUCUCCACCCACCGGCCGUCAGCACGUGACCCUCCUUCGCAGACGUGGACCAGCAGCAAUGAGACAAGUAAUGGGAAACAACAAUAACAACAGCAUCGUGCUGCCUGGGGGAUAGAUUGCUUAGGCCCCAACGUCCUUUGGCUUAAGCUCCCUCUCGUUGCCGGGGGUUUGCAGUUUUCUAGGCUUUUAUUUUAAACUCCCCACCUGCCUCUCUGCAAUGCGCACCAGCCCGCCUUCUAGUACAACACCAUCUCCGUCCCUUUCCACGUCCGCUUUCAAGCGCUCCACUCUGUCUCUCGACUCGAUUUAUCUCGCCUGCCUUUCCAUAAGGCUCUCGCUUUCCGAAAUCGAUUGCGUCUGUCUGUAAAGCUUUCCCGGCAGCUUCCGCUUCGGGCAAAGAGAAUACUGAUUGGUCGCUGCCUUUCCCUUUCUUCCCACCCACCUCCCGGGUUCCCGAAGGUGUCGCUCUGACAUCCCGGUAUAGCUGCUUAGUUAACGGGAUGGCUCCUCAGCGGCGAGUGGGUUCCAAGACUCCGGAGAGCGGCGUGGAUGGCGUGGGAGCUCGGGCGGAGGAACGCCGUCGACUCAGCAGCGGCAUGAAAAGUAAUGUCCAGAAAGACUCACGCCAGAAGUGGCUGAAAGUGGCAUUCCUUCUCUCAUCUGCCAUGCUUGGCUACCUCCUGAGUGGGAGCUACUUGCUAAGCGAAGAUGGAGUUACAGAAGUCCUGGCCCAUCAUGGUGAAAGCCUACAAUACAAAUUCAUUGAGGUACCCUGCUCAGAGGACUAUGACAGCCACAAACGAUUUGAAGGCUGCACCCCUCGGAAGUGUGGGAGAGGGAUAACAGAUGCCAUAAUCAGCAGAGAGGAAGCUGAGAGAAUCCAUAGAAUAGCAGAGAGGGGACUCUCCCUUGGAGGAUCAGACGGAGGGGCUUCGAUUCUGGACUUGCACUCUGGAGCUCUUUCUUUGGGGAAGCAUUUUGUUAACAUGUACAGAUACUUUGGUGAUAAAAUCCAUGAUACCUUUACAGAAGAAGAUUUUCAGUUAUAUCGUGAUGUGAGGCAGAGAAUUCAACAAAAAAUAGCUCUUACUUUUGGUAUCAGCUCCUCUUCCAUGUAUUUGACGAAGCCAACCUUCUUCUCCAGAAUAAACAACUCAGAAGCCAAGACAACACAUGAUGAAUAUUGGCACCCACAUAUUGAUAAGGUGACCUAUGGCUCUUUUGACUACACAUCACUGCUUUACCUCUCGGAUUACACAGAAGACUUUGGUGGUGGACGGUUUGUCUUUAUGGAUGAAGGUGCAAAUAGGACCGUAGAACCUCGAGCAGGCAGGGUUUCCUUCUUCACUUCUGGCUCUGAGAACCUCCAUCAUGUGGAAAAGGUCCACUGGGGCACGCGCUACGCCAUCACCAUUUCCUUUACCUGCAAUCCUGACCAUGGUAUCGGGGAUCCUGUUUUAACAUAACAGGACAGGCGGCUAGAUGGAUUGCCAAGAAAAGCCCUGUGCAGGAGAGGGGAAAACAGUUUAACUUCUCAUGUAAAUUCCACUCCAUUGAUUUUCUAAACUUUAUUUAAUGCAAAUGUGAGCUGUUUUUUUCACAUUCACCUCCCCCUUGUGUUGCAAAUAGUGCCUUAGGAACCAUCUUUCUAAGCCUCCUAUAACAAUUUUGCUCAUUUAAGGUUAUAAUCAAAACUACCCUCCCCCCCCCAAAAAAAAAAUUCAAGGGCAUUUCAGGUUGCAGAGACUGCAGAACAUGCCAUGUACACUGUCAUUCCUCUCAGUGAAGACCAAAUUUUUUUCACUUUGAAUAUGCCCUUCAGCUGUUACGCUGCAAAGCACUAUUUGGGAAGCCCCAUGAAAUAGUUUGUUGGCAGAUGAACACUCAGGAACAGGUUGUGAAGGAAGACUUUCCAAUAAACUUGCCAUGCUUUACCUCCCAUUCCAUUUCCCCCCCUCCUCUCCUUUUAAUAUGCAAAAUUCUGGAAAUGGAGUAGGGCACUCAAUGUAUAGUCUUCAGCAUUCACACAUAACACCAGAUUAUCAUAUUUCAAACUAUGUACUUAUAACCCAAGACUGUAGGAUUUUGUGGACAUUAUCCAUGUGUCAGUGUUUUUUAAAAAACUGCCAUAUUCUUGAAAACAAAACAUGUGCUUUAACUACUGGAAUGGACUGUUCUUGUACAAAAAUUGCAUGUGAAUUGAGAUAUGGUUUCAUAUGGUCAGAUAGGAGAGUACUCUAGUGAUCUCAGGAUCCACUAAAGUUUGUUAUGGUAUGAACUUUUUUACUUUGGUUGCACUAGUUAUUCACCUACCAAAGUGAGGCUAAAAUAACCCAAAAGAUCCCUAAGGCUUCAAGAAUAAUGAGCAAAGCUUUCUUCAGAUGAAACUGAAACUGGCUGAACGUAAGGAAAACUUAAAAACAAAACUUACCAGGGACAGAAAAAAAAGGUUUGACUCAGUUUUAUGCAGCUGUGAGGAAAAGUUUUUUAAAUCAAAUUGUGUAAGAAACAUCACUAUACAUCUGUUGUGCUUUGAAAACUAUUUAGCAUAUGGGACGUGACCAACUUAUAUCACACAGAAGUGGGCCUUUUUGCAUGUUCACUGGUUAUUCACUCCUGUAUCUUAGAAGUCAUGUUCAAACUAUCAUAUCUUGGCUUAAGAAGCCAUGAUAUGAAACGAGCUUUCUUGGCCAUGCAUGUAAUGUCUUUGCAUGAAGUGCCAAACAGAUCAGGACGUUUUCCAUUUCUUCCAAGAUCAGGAAACCGGUUAAUGGUUAUCUUGGCUUCUUCCAAAGCUAUGGUUUGAAGUAGGCUUCUAAUAGCCUGGCUUAUUCUGAGACUGUUAACUGGUUUCCCACUUCAGAGAAAAUUGAAAAUUAUGGUUAAUGGAAGACUUCCUGGUUUGUUUGCUACCUUUUAUGAAGGGACUAACUGAGCCAACAAUCUGAACAUCACUGAGUUACACUGAUCAGGAGCUCUUUGAACAUGACUGCUUGGGCUUAUCAGAGGAUAAAUGCCUAUAAAACUGAAAGUGGUUAGUAAAUUCACCACUGUGCCUAUCCUAGAAUUCAGUAUAUAUGUCUUUCACUUCAAGUCUUCCUGCAUUACAUAGAUGGAAGAAGCAGAAGAGUAUUUUGAGGACUACCUUGAUCUAGGAAAAGGGAGGGGAAAAUUAGGAAUGGUAAAUGGAAACUUGUGGCUUUGCUGAAAAUAAAAGAGAACUGUAGCUUGCAGUAAUGAGGAAGCGAUAAGCCCUAGUAGUAUGCAGUCCAUUCAUCUGCUGGAGGUCAGACAAAAAAUGGAGCGGCAUCCUACAGACCAAAUCAUUGCCCAGCCAGAAAUAACACAAAAUGAAUGUUUUAAAUGUUCAGGAGCAGAAAUGAUGUUCUAAGAUUAAUCAAACCUCAAGUCAUUACUGCCUCUUUGAGUAAGCACAAGCCUUUCAGCUAAAAGGGCAACUCAAGGGAAAUAUAAAAAGCUUGAAGUUGUUACUUAGAUCCAUGGCUUGGAAUGACUGUUAGACCCCCUUUGCUAGCAAGUCUUGGGGGUGGGAUGGGGCAGAAAGCAUUGAGUGCUGCUUAAUCCUUUUUGUUGCUCAGACAAAUGAACACACCUGACCUGCAAGCUAUUAUAGUGACCUGACAAUUAUUUCUUCCACCAGCACCCUCCCACCCUAUUGCUAUUAAGAGGUUCAUUGCUAGUCUGACUGAUUUCCUUGUAGUUUAUCUCCUUUGGUGGUGACUGACCGGCUAAAAUUAGUUGAAUUUCCUCCAAUUCCAUAUCCAAGCCCUGCUGCAGGCUCAAAUCCUGAUACUACUACCCUACCCAGAAAUUACUUCAACUACAAGCUCAAGAUAGUAAUAAGAGAGAGUUCUUGCCAAAAAGGCCUGUAGAGUGUAGAAUAAGGUUUGUCACACGUUUCACAUAAAAUAAACCAUGAAACAACCUACAUAAUAGUCCUUGUCAUCUUGAUCCUGUAUGUAACCGCAUUUGAAGGACUGGAAUUAUUUUAUUUGUUAUUUAUCUGAAUGAGCUGCCUUUCAAAAACAAACAAGAGCUGCACCAGGACACGGGAUGAGGCAACGGAAAGCCUCCCAAUGUGCUGUAGAAGACCUUGUAUUUUAGAAAAUUACCCAAUGUGUUUGGGCUUGCUGCUCUUUUUAAAUGUUUCCUUUUGCAGCUUUUCACAGGAAAAAAGUGGAAGGCACUGAAAAAAAAAAGGCACACUGGAGGGGAGUGCAAGAAUUUUGUAGCAUGUUGGAUAACCUUCUAAAAUUUAAAAUUGGUCUUUGAUGGAACUGUUUCCUCCUGCUCUGAGUUGCCUUGCAACAAAAUAUCUGAAUAACAGGAAAACAUUUAAGAUUUUGAAUGCUUUCCCAUUUUCUAAUGAGUUUAGGGCUUUGUUUUUCAGAAAGCCAUGCAUCCUAUAAUUAUAAAAUUGUUUUCUAAAUUGAAUUUAAUUUGCUUCAAUAGUUAGAAUUUAAAUACUGGUGUCAUAAUUGCCAUCACUAUCAUCCAUGCCCAAAUCGUAUACAUUUUGUGGGCAUGCAUACAAAUGAUAAUCAACUGCUUAAAAAUGUGUAUAGAUGUUUCUCUUAACAAUUGAGGCUUCCCAGCACACCCAGGGAAGGAAACAAAUGUGUUUGUUCUUUUUUCUUCACCAUUUAUUUGUUGUAUUUAAGAGCUGGUCUUAGAGAGUCUUCUUGUUUCUUUUAGAUUAAAAAUGGCUUAACUAGAGUGGAAAUUCUAUGAGUAGUGAAAAAUUGAUUAUUAGAAUUUCAUUUAAUAGUAUGAUGUGUGACUAACAUUCUGUACGUUUCAGGCUGAUAUCUGGAAAAAACAAGACUGCUGGGCUAUUUAAGAUGCCAUGUUAACUAAUACAGACUGCAACAGUAGAAAAGCUUAAUUUAUGCCAGAAGCUCUGCAAAUUACUAGCAGGUGGAUCACAGUGCAGGGGAAGACACUUCAGCUUUGGAGUGAAAGUUAAAGAAAUGCUGAUAAAUAAUUGUGUUUUAAAUUGUUUUUUAAAAAGAUGUAUUUUAAAUUGCAUUUGUUUUAGUUACUGUAAACCACCCAGAGAGCUUCGGCUAUGGGGCGGUAUACAAAUAUAAUAAAUAAAUAAAAUAAAAAUCACAAACUAUUUAUUUUAAGAACUGGCUAAACAGGGCAGCAAGCUGGCAGUAAUGAUUUAGUGGGUGACACUCUCACUCUAAUCCCACUUGGGGAAGCAGGAGGCUUGAUGCCUUAUUUUGAUUUAAGUAAGCUGAAAUCCAUUUUUUAUUGAUGUUGCUAUGCCAGAGCAGCACCUUUAGCAACAUUUUGCCCAAGGGGCUUUUCUGUUUGUAAGCAACCAACCUUCACAAAUCUCUUAUGCAGAAUUAGUUCAUUACAAUAAAUUUCCCACUAGAGAAAUGAACUAUAGAAACUUUAACAUGCCCCACUGGUUUUUUUGCCCACUUUACCUCCAAGCACAGUAGGAAUAUCAGAGGGUCAGAUGCAGUGAGGAAGUUACGGGCAACCUAGAUGGGAAGGGGGCAUGAACCUGUUUAACUUUUGGUAAGCUGUCCUGGGAACCUGUUGAAGGGUGAGGUAUAAAUAAAAUUGUGUACUUGUUCAUCUGUCUCCUCUGGUCAUGUAUGAAUGAAGUGAAGUGGGUGGGUUGCCUAAUUUUUACAACCAAAGGUAUCUGUUGGUGAAAGGAGUUGCACCCGGU